AUGAGUGGUAAACUAAAAAGAGUUGCCGUUGCACAAAUAUGUUCGUCCGCUAACCUGUCCAAGAAUUUGAAAGUAGUGAGGGAAUUAAUAUCUAAAGCUAUAGAAGGUCAGGCAGACGUUGUUUUCUUUCCUGAGGCAAGUGACUAUAUUUCUCAAAAUUCUCUUCAUUCUAGGUCUUUAUCUCAAAAGAGCCCUCAAUUCGUUCAGCAAGUACAGUCAAGCAUUAUAGACCUCGUUAGAAAAAACUCAAGAAAUAUAGAUGUUUCUAUUGGGGUCCAUUUACCGCCAACAGAGCAAGAUUUACUUGUUGGAAAUAACCGCGUCAGAAACGUUCUACUAUAUAUCAAUCAUGAAGGGGAAAUAUUGCAAGAAUACCAAAAACUGCAUUUAUUUGACGUGAAUGUACCAAAUGGACCAAUAUUGAUGGAAUCGAAAUCCGUCCAACCGGGCAAAGCCAUUCCUGAUAUUAUAGAGUCUCCUUUGGGAAAACUAGGCAGUGCAAUUUGUUAUGAUAUUCGCUUUCCCGAACUUUCAUUGAAAUUACGAUCAAUGGGAGCUGAAAUUUUAUGUUUCCCCAGUGCAUUCACUACUAAAACAGGAGAGGCACAUUGGGAGUUAUUAGGUAGAGCAAGAGCGGUUGACACCCAAUGUUUCGUUCUCAUGCCAGGGCAGGAUGGUGUUCAUGAUCUCAGUGAUCCAACAUGGGAGAUGCACCACCAUGUAAGUGCUCCAUCUAAGAGCGUCAAGAGAGAAUCUUGGGGACAUUCAAUGGUUAUUGAUCCCUGGGGCAAAAUAAUAGCACAGGCGAACCCUUCCACUGUCGAACCACAAAUCAUUUUUGCUGAUUUAAAUCUCGAGUCAUUGCAAAAAAUAAGGAACAAAAUGCCUUUAUGGAACCAGAGGAGAGACGAUUUGUUUCAUUGA